UUUCGCUCGCCUCCUUGUGAAGCGAUGCACCCACCAAAAUAGAGCUCGUGAUGCACCACCACACCACUGAUUUGGUUCGAACAAUUUACACCUGCAAGGCUGCAACGCUAGAGUAGAGCCAAUCGUUUACCCUAGAAUCGAGCACGUAGAGUGCGAAAACCUGGAGCUAGAGUAGAUUAGAGAAUCUGAUCGCGUCAGCAGUGAGUGUGUGUUAUCCAUUCUACUAAUAAUCUACUACUAAUCACGUGAGCGCGGCUAACACCGUCGUCGCACCGUACGUCCCGGCCUAAGCUAACCCGGCCUUGUGUUCCUGGUGGACUCUGUCCAGUCCCAGGUAAGGAAACGUUCCAGGUUACUGCUAAAUUAUUAGGAUAAGAUAAGAUAAACGCGUGCGCCUAAACAAACAAAGUCGUUAAUAGAUGACUCUGUGGUUACACACAGGAGCAACAGCUUUCUUCCCUCGAUUUAAAACGGAUAGGGACAGACGAGUCUCUCCUCAUGGUCGUAGCAGGCCAUGCCUAUUUAAUCGCACCCGUCCGCUCUCCCCCAUCUCUCUCUCUCUCUCUCUCUCUCUCUUCUUCUUCUCCUUCUUUCUCUUCAGAUCCCCGGAAGCCCCAGACCCAGAGCAACUGACCACCAAGUUCUCGGGCAUGGACAACGACGGCGACUGGAUCACGGCGAGGUACCUCCUCUCCUCCAUCCUCGGCCGGAACCCCCUCGUCGUCGACCACGUCGACGAGGAGUCCUUCCCGGUCGACCACGCCCCCGCCGCCGCCGCCCGCGGCGGGCCGGCGGAGGCGCCGGCGUGGCAGCCGCCGCCGGCCGUGUUCGCGGCGCCGAGCGUGGCCGGCACGGUGUGCGCGGUGUGCACGGAGGAGAUCGCGGUGGCGGACCCCGUGGUGCGGCUGCCGUGCGCGCACUGGUACCACGCCGGCUGCAUCGCGCCCUGGCUCGGGAUCCGGAGCACCUGCCCCAUGUGCCGCGCCGAGCUGCCGGCCAGGGAGGAGGCCGGCGAGGCCGGCGCCGGCGUCGGCCGCGAGAAGCCCCCGCGCGCCGAGGCCGGGACCAGCGCCGCCGGCGUGCGGCGUGACGCGUCGUACGGAUACGUGGCCGCUGGGGGCGUCCUGUCCGGCUGAUGGGCGGGCGAGCGGGGCCGUCGCGUCGUCGUGCGCGCGCCAUGGCUUUUGUCUUUUUUUUUUCCUUCGCCGGAGGAGUGGUGCUCGAUACCUGUUGUACAAAUGAAAUGGUUAAUUAUUAACAUGAUGUUGAUUCUUGAGUGCUUAACUCGUCAUUAGCAUCUGCUGAAUCGAAAAAAGAACAAUCAAAAGCACUCGAUGAUUGUAAAGAGGAUAAGGGAAAAAAACUUAGCUGUGAAGUGAGAAUCUGAUUCCCUGUCGAAGGGUGAUGAAGGAAUACAAUGCCUUUGCCAAAA